UCAGAAAGGGCCCCCAAAAGAAACCGAUUUUUCUGAAGAGCCUCGUGGCCAUAGAGAAGAAGAAGAAGAAGAAGAAACUACGACUUGUCCCAAUCCCCAACAUCCCAAACGGCCAACCUCCAUUAACCCGAUUCUCUACACAGUUUCAUGGGAAGCUUCUUGAUUUUGUCGCCUCCCGAUUCCAGUUCAAUCCACGAAUGAUAUGUCCGUUUGAAACAUUCAUCCUGGUCGAUAAUAUCCAUUUCGAGAGUCCCAGGAUGAUGAUAGAAGAAGCUGGCGAAUUUCUCGGGUCGUUGACAGGUUCCAGGAUUUGGGUUCUCUGAUGGGACGAAGGAAUCACAUGUUUAGCUCUGAUCAUAGAUCCGGACAUCUCUUGCCUAUAUUCUUGCAAGAUAUGAGGACAAGAAGGAUCUUUGGCUUCUCCAUUUCCCUCAUUCUCAUCAACAUGGCCUCAAUAAUGGAGCGUGCUGACGAAAAUUUGCUCCCAUCAGUCUACAAAGAAGUCAGUGAAGCCUUCAACAUUGGGCCGGUCGAUCUCGGUUACCUCACAUUCAUAAGGAACUUCGUGCAAGGGAUAGCUUCACCUUUGGCAGGUAUACUAGCAAUCAAUUAUGACCGGCCCACAGUUCUAACAAUCGGGACUCUGUGUUGGGCACUAUCGACUGCCGCAGUAGGUUUGAGCGAGCAUUUCAUGCAAGUCGUGUUCUGGAGGGCAGUCAAUGGGCUUGGACUAGCAAUCGUGAUACCAGCUCUCCAGUCUUUCAUUGCAGAUAGCUAUACAGAUGGUGUGAGGGGUGCAGGCUUCGGAUUCCUGAGUCUUAUCGGUUCAUUUGGCGGUAUUGGAGGCGGAGUUCUGGCAACAAUUAUGGCUGGUCAGAAUUACUGGGGCAUACCAGGAUGGAGAUGCGCCUUUAUUUUAAUGGCGACCCUUAGUUUUCUUAUCGGGUUGCUUGUUUUCUUGUUCGUCGAUGAUCCAAAGAAAGUGAGCAGCUUUGCCCCCGAUUCUAGCAAGAGCCUAUAUGGAGGUGACUUAAAAGGGAAGGGCUCAGAUGUGAAAUCGGUUUGGAUGGAGUCCUGCGCUGCCAUGAAAUCUGUUAUAAAAGUACGGACAUUUCAGAUAAUUGUAUUGCAGGGCAUCGUUGGGAUGCUACCAUGGACAGCAAUGGUUUUCUUUACCAUGUGGUUCGAACUGAUUGGUUUCAAUCACAAUAGCACAGCAGCGCUGCUCAGUCUAUUCGCGGUGGGGUGCGCCAUCGGGUCACUGCUCGGUGGUGUCAUAGGUGAUCGGUUAUCAUCAGUAUUCCCUAAUUCGGGUCGUGUCAUGUGCGCGCAGUUCAGUUCCUUCAUGGGAAUCCCCUUCUCCCUGUUCCUGCUCAGAGUGAUUCCACAAAACACAGACAGCUGGUUCAGCUACGCCGUCACCUUGCUCCUGAUGGGUUUAACCAUCAGCUGGUGUCUCACGGCGGCCAAUGCCCCCAUGUUUGCGGAGGUGGUUCCUGCCAAACACCGAACUAUGAUCUACGCAUUUGACCGGGCCUUUGAAGUUUCCUUCUCCUCCUUCGCUGCCCCGCUGGUUGGGAUCUUGUCAGAGAAGAUAUAUGGCUAUGAUGCAAAGUCCAUCGAUCCAAUUGCGGGUUCCACGAGGGAGGCUUUUGCCUUGUCCAAGGGGCUCCUGUCGAUGAUGGCAGUGCCAUUCGGUCUCUGUUGCUUGCUCUACACUCCCUUACAUGUGGCCUUUGGGCGCGACCGCGACAAUGCCAGGAUUGCCAUUUCAAAAGAGGAAGAGAUGAAGUGAAACGCAGUCACGAAAUUAGCGUGGCAUGAGCUUUAGUACAAUCGGUUGAGGUGAGGUUCUCAGGUGGACAUAUCGGAUGCCUGGAACUCAUAGCAAUGGAGCCAUAGCACGAGACAAGAUUCAUGAUUCAUUUUUGGCCUUUUGGCAAAAUUUUUACCGGAAUACGCUUUGAUGCUUUUACUGCAGAGAAACACAGGAGAAAGAGGGCUUUGGUACAUGAUUGUUCCGGAAAGUCUCUUAAAUCUUCUUCUUCACGGUCUCAGAAUGACCAUUCUUCACAGGAUUUGAGCUUGUAUAUGAGUUGCCUGAUAUGCUACUAUUAGAGCUUAGAGCCUGUGAUCAAAUCAAGCUAACAGGUAAAACCCAUCGAAAAUGAAGGGUGAAGAAGUAUGAACUGAAAAUGUUUUCUUGACUGCUUCUGAGUGAAGCCUCAUCCUGCGCUGAACAUCAUCUGUAACUUUUGGGGUAUUUCGUUUGCUACAUCUAUGCAACUUUCCAGUAACUCUUACCAAAUGUCAGAAGACAAUAAGCUUCUAUUAGAAA